AUGGAAAUUGCAGCAGCACGAGGUGGUGAGGGACAUCACUUCGGCCCGCGGAUGCAAGGCGUUCGACCUCUAGAGCUCGUGGGCUAUCUCGUCACACCCACCACAGUAUCAUCGCUGGCUAACUUGUUCACAAUGGUAGAGAAGCUAUCGCUCGGGGAGGCCCUUUCACCCAAGGAUGAGAACAUCGUAACUCUCAUCCAUUCGUUCUCAAUCCUCAAGACACUCCUUGUCGGAGACAUUAUGGUGGCUCCAUCAUUCGAUGCCUCCGCGAGCGUGAGGAACCCCCCUGCACGCCGAUUCUUCUCCAAGCUGAUGAGCCCAAGACAGAACAAGAUAAUUCCCCCACUACUCAAGACGGAAUCUUCUGAAGCAGCGGUGCAUUCUGACCCAGACCUCUAUAACGGAAUGCUCAAUGGCUGGCUGGGACACUCUGCAUUAGGACGCAUCUCGCCUCUUAAGUCUAUUCUCGAGACUCUGGAUGACCGGCGCACUGCGUUCGCCUCCGCAUGGUUGUAUUCGACGCAAAAGGAACAUACGACUUCAAGUCAAAUCCAGUUUGACAUUGGGUUAAAACCAAGAGCACUUGAUGCUGUGCUUGCUCGUCGAGAACUCCGAAAACUAGAGCAAGAGGCCUGA